GUUUACAUCCGGGUCGUAAUAAUGGCACGCUUGUGAGAGCUACAUGUGAGUUUCUGCAUGAGGAUAUUUACACUGAUCUACAAACAGUUUAUAACGUCAUUGGUGAGAAAUGGAGUCCAUGGAGGAAGAUUUCCCCCGAGGUGGCACACAAAAGACACAGGUGGACAAACCUGUGAAGUCCCAUGAAGUGGACAAUCUCUUUCAGUCACACGAACCAGAGGUUAAAAAGAAGAGAAAGACUGCGAAACACGAUGAUGGGAAGGAUGUAAAAAGGCAGAAAGUGGAUGCAGGGGGUUUAAUGCUCAAUACUGCCACCAGUGUGGAAAUUCUUCAUCUUCGGAAUCUGAAAGUUGGCACUCUCUUGCUGGGCUGUGUAAGGGAAGUUUUAGAUUUGGAGGUAGUUGUGGGUCUGCCAAGUGGCCUUGUUGGUUACCUUCCGAUCCACAACAUCUGUGACACCUACACCAAGAUCCUUGUUGACAAACUGGACUCUGAACACAGUUUGGAGGAAGUUGUCGCCCUCUCUGAACUUGUUGCUCCUGGAACUCUGGUCAGAUGUGUUGUAUCUUCUUUAGAGUCCCCUGUAGACGGCCAUAUUAGUCUUAAACUGUCAAUCAACCCAAAAGAGAUUAACAAGGGUUUGAGUGCGGGCGCCUUAAAACCUGGAAUGACGCUGAGCGGUUGUGUGGAGAGUGUGGAAGAUCACGGAUUCCUGGUUGACAUCGGGAUCAGCGGCACUAAAGCAUUCCUGCCUAAAAAGAGCACGUUCUCGAAGCAAGAUCUCAAGGUGGGCCAGUACGUGUUGAGCCUGCUUGAGGAAGUGAAGAACGAAGGGCGAGUGGUGCGCCUGUCUCUGGACCCAAAGGCUCUCGGUAAGGCUAUUGCUGGGACUCAGCAUGGAUGGACGCUGGACAGUCUUCUGCCUGGCCUGCUUAUCCGUGUGCGCAUAAAAAAGGUGACUCCUCAUGGGCUUCUUGUGGAGUAUCUGUCAUCUUUCAGCGGGGUCGUUGAUUUUUUGCAUAUUGAUCAAGACAAAGCUGCUAGCUACAAAGUGGGAGAUGAGGUCCUGGCAAGGGUUUUGUACGUUGAGCCCUCCAAUCGGCUCGUCAGCCUUUCCCUGCGCAGCCAUCUGCUGCCACCAGGGGGCAUCACACUGGAUAACUUCAGCAGCGAGCGAGUGGGUGAGGUUGUUGAGGGCUGUAGGAUGACUGCCGUACACCAUCACUCUGGGGCAUUGAUGGAGAUGCCCGACAAUACAAUGGCCUUUGCGCAUAAAAACCAAAUGAAGGAGCCUAAAGAAGAAUUCAACCCAAAUCGUUUGCUGGCUAAGCCCAAACAUGCUCUGAGAAUCACAGAUUACAGCCCAAUGGAGCAAAUGCACAUGGUUUCACUACGCAAGAGCACCAUUGAAGUAUCAUUCUUCAGAUACCAAGACAUUAAAGUGGGGCAAAUUGUUGAGGGCACAGUUAUUAGUUUGCAGAAAUACGGCAUGUUUGUGAGGAUUACGGACCACCUCAAAGGAAUGAUACCCUCGAUUCACCUUGCCGACGUUACUCUAAAAAACCCAGAGAAAAAGUUUCACGAGGGCAUGAAAGUCAAGUGCAGGGUCUUAACCGUGGAUGCAACUACUAAGCGACUGCACCUAACAAACAAAAAGGCCCUGGUGGAGUCCACGCUCCCCAUCUUUAAAUCCUACUCUGACGCGAAAUUGGGCCGCGUCUCUCAUGGUUACAUUGUGUGCGUGAAAAAGUUCGGCUGCAUUGUGCAUUUUUACGGAGAAGUGAAGGGCUUGGUGCCUGUGAGGGAACUGUCCACAGAGCUUGUGGCUAAUCCAGAAGAUCUAUUCUUUGUCGGUCAGGUCGUCCAAGCCAAAGUUUUAAAUUGUGAUGUAGCAAACGAGAAACUGCUCUUAUCCUUCAAGGCCGUAACUGAGGGCGAUGUAAAGGAGGCACAGACGGCAAAGUUUGAUUUUGAAGUCGGAAAGAUGGUUGAUGUAAGAGUGCGCCACAAAGUCCUGGAUGGCCUCGAAGUCUCCAUUCUACCCGAAGGGACGCCGGCUUUUCUACCCACGGUGCAUCUCUCUGAUCACGUGACCAACUGCAUGAAUUUGUGGGAAGCGCUGGAGGAGGGGGACGACAUCUCCAAUGCAGUGUGCCUCAACAAGUCAACAAAGGGUGUUAUCCUUACCAAGAAACCUUCAAUAAAGGCCUGUCUGGAGGAUGGAGGCGUUCCUAAAGCAUUCUCAGAGCUGCAUGUGGGUUUGCAGAUGGUGGGUUGGGUGAAGAACGUCAUGACUUACGGAGUCUUCAUCAGCUUUCCUCACGGUCUCUUCGGCCUCGCCCCCAAAGCUGCCAUGGGUGAGCAGUUUAUCAAGGACACCUCUGAAAUCUUCGCCAUUGGACAGACGGUGGUCGCUAAGGUGACCAAUCUGGAUGAGGAGAAGAAAAGGUUUCUGGUCAGUCUUAAGGUGUCAGAAUUAAUUCCUGAAGAUGACGCCCAAGACAGACUGAUCCAGGGCCAGAAGGAAAGGAGGGCCAUAGCUGAGAUGGUGACAGGCAGAGGUGAAUCUGACCUCCUUCAGCAGCUUGCAUCUGUGUCAGUCGGAGAUAAAAUGAAGAUGGUCGUGGAAGAUACCAGAGAAGACGGCUCGGUCACACUGACCUCAGAUCAGCUCAGUGAAGCCACCGUAUUGGCACCCAAAUAUCACACAACAGGAGUGAAUGUGACUCCAGGUUUCAAGCUCACGGCUGUUGUGCUUCACGUCAACCCUUUGAAAUCUCAGGUCAUUGUGUCGCUGUUGCCAAAGUUGACCGCAAAGAGAAAAACUCUGCGUCAAGGCUCGGAGCUCGCUGCCACAAUCCAGUACAUUGACGAAGACUUCGCCGUCAUCUCAUUGGAUGAUACCGGUCACCUGACCGUCAUCCCCACCAAGACUCACUUAAACGACUUCAUCAACUUGGAAUCAAAGAAGUACUCGGUCGGUUUCUGUCUGAAUGUGACCGUGGAGGACCCGGGCUGUGAGGAGUUGGGAGGGCUUCCUCUCGUAGUGUGCAAAGGCCAGGACGAGCACGCCAAAUCGAAGGGCAAAGGCUCAGCACAAGCCCACAGUCUUGGGGCGGUGGUGACUGCUAAAGUCACGAAGGUGAAACCCCUGGCUGUACUCGUGACGUUGCCGACAGGGAUCACAGGAAGCAUCCACGUGUCCGAGAUAGAGGAGUCGCCUUCGGUCGGCAGCUUUCCCACAUCAUCCCUGAGGGUCGGGACGGAGGUCCAAGCCAGGGUGAUUGGAGGACACGCAGUUCGCGGUCACAGGUUUUUGCCAGUGACUCAUUCCAGUUUUAAGUCCGCCCUUCCUGAACUUACACUUUUGCCAAGUAAACUAAAAAAUGCGGGCACACAAACAGUGGACAAAGUGAAAAACUACAAACCUGGCGAUGAGAUCAUAUGCUUCCCUUCAAAGUACAACUCACAAUCGAAAUGCUUGGAAGUUCAAGUCAAGCCCAACAUCCUGGGGACAGUUGAGCUGUUGGCUAUGAUUAGCAAACCUGGGCAAGUUAAACACCCACAGAAGCUCUUUAAACCCGGAGAGGCCGUUUCAGCAAAGGUGGUUGGAAAUAACCCUCACAGGAGCGGUCAGCUUUCCCUGUCACUCACAGGGACGUGCAAGCUGGAGCAAGGAUCGGUCGUCAUGGGGAUGGUUUGGAAAGUCGAGCCUGACAAGGGACUGUUUGUCAAACUUCCGUUUGGGAAUUCGGGGUUUGCGUCUUUGAUGGAUCUCUCUGACGCAUACGCAGACAACCCGCUGGAGGCUUACAAAGAGGGACAAGUUAUCCGGUGCUGUAUGAUCGGGGAAGAAAAGGGGCAUUUCGAUGUUUCACUACGUCCUUCUAGAAUAAAUAAGGACCAGCAAAUCAAUGUUAAAGACCCGGAAAUUCAAUCUGUUGCUGACAUACAAGAGGGUCAGAUUAUCAGAGGAUAUGUGAAAACCGUUGGGGAUGAAGGCAUAUUUGUGAGGUUAUCCAGGACCCUUGACGGAAGAGUACAGUUCCAACACGCUACAAAAUACUUCAUGAACGAUCCUAAAAUAAUUUCCAAAUACAUUACCCAGAAUGCAUUGAUAUCCGCCAAGGUUCUCAGUGUGAACACGGAGAACGUCCACGUACUCCUCUCACUUCUCACAGAGGACACUGGGAAACCAGAUAUUCUCCCAGAAUCCCUCGAGCUGCCACUGCGUCUGAUGGGGGAGGAGAAGGAAAAACACGACAAAAAUACAGUCAAGAGGAAGCGCACUUCCUCUGAGAGCCAGCAACAAGAUAAAGAUGAACAAAAGGUAAAAAAGAAAAAGGUUUGUGUGGUGGAAAGUGUGGAAGAGACCACCACUUUGAAAAAGAAGGGAAAAAAGAAGAAAAGGAAAGGGAAGACGGAUGACAGUGACAGCGGUGUCGAGGUGUUCUUCAGAGAAGAUGACGAAACCGAGUCCAGUAAACCGUCUGAGGAGAAACAGAAGAGACCUGACUGCAAGGAACGGCUGAAGGGAUUAUCUGGUUUCUCCUGGGACUCCACGUUGAGCUCUUUAACACCUGCAGUCGCGGGAGACCAUGCCCAGGAGUCCAGUGAUGAUGAGCAAGAAGACCAAAGCAAGACCGCGAAGAAGUCCCGUAAAGAACUUCUGCAGGAGCAGCAGACCGCGGAGCAGCAACUCGGCAAGCUGGAGGCGGAGCUUAUGGAUCCGUCGGCACGUCCGGACAGCGCGGCUGCGUUCGAGCGGGUGCUCCUCUCAUCCCCAGACAGCUCGCUCCUCUGGCUGCAGUACAUGGCUUUUCAUCUGCAGGCCACGCAGAUCGAGCAGGCACGAGCCGUCGCGGAGAGAGCCCUUAAAACCAUCUCCUUCAGAGAGGAGCAGGAGAAGCUGAACAUAUGGGUGGCCAUGCUGAAUCUGGAGAACAUGUACGGCACAGAGGAGAGUUUGCAGAAGGUUUUCGAACGGGCCAUUCAGUACUGCGAACCCCUGCCGGUGUACCAGCAGCUGGCCGACAUUUAUGCCAAUUCGGACAAGAUCAAAGAAGCGGAGAGUCUUUAUAAAAGCAUGGUGAAGCGCUUCAGGCAAGAGAAAGCCGUGUAUCAGAGUUACGGCAACUUUCUGCUGCGCCAGGGCCAGAGCAAUGCUGCCAAUGCCCUCCUCCAGAGGGCGCUACAGAGCCUGUCCACCAAAGACCAUGUCGACUUAAUCACCAAAUUUGCACGCCUGGAGUUUCAGUAUGGGAAUACUGAGAGAGGCAAAUCCAUGUUCGAAAAAGUCCUCAGUACCUACCCCAAGCGCACCGACCUGUGGUCAGUGUUUAUAGAUCUGACGGUGAAGCAUGGCUGUCAAAAGGAAGUGAGAGAGCUUUUCGAUCGCGUGAUUCACCUGAGCGUGUCGGUGAAGAAGGUCAAGUUCUUCUUUAAGCGUUACCUGGAGUACGAGAAGAAAAACGGCACACCUGAGAGCAUCCAGGCGGUCAAACAGAAAGCUCUAGAAUAUGUGGAGAGUAAAGGAGCAGAAGCCGCCAGCUAAAUACAUUUGAUCUUAUUAAUUAUAAAUACGAUCAGAAACUAAGACACACUGUAAGUGUCUCCUUAUACACCUUUGGCUAUUUUUAGAGACACUUCUGUUUCAAAUUCUUGAAAUGAUCUAGACGUGCAUUUUCUUUUUCAUAUCAGUCAAUGAAUUAUGAAUAGCUAAAUUGUUAUCUAUAAUGUAUAUUAUGCUUGGUAUGCUAAAUCUGUUUUUGUCUCUCAUUGUAGAGGAUUAAUAGAAAUAUGCGAGCAUUUUCUGUAUGAUAAAGGAUUUAUAUGGAAAAUGA